AUGUUCUCCGGCUCGUCCUCCAUCUUCCCGCACUGGCGGCGCAAAGCGGCCGAGCGCUCCAGCAACAGCUCCUACGAAGUGCCCUUCUUCCUCAACGCCGCUUACUAUCCCAACUGGAGGAUCUACCGGAAACAGCCCCCGUCCGCCCUUCGAUUGGGCUUCAUCUCCCAUAUCUUCUAUGCGUUUGCCUGGGUUAAGGAAGAUGGCACCGUCUACCUCAGUGACGAAUGGGCCGACACCCAGAUGCCCGUGGACGGCACCAACGGAUGCCUGCGGGCCUUUGCGCAGCUGAAACCGCAGUACUCGAAGAUGAAACUGAUCCUAUCCGUCGGCGGCGGCGGCAAAGGCAGCGAGAACUUCGCCGUGGUAGCCCACAGUCAAUCCCGCAUCGAAACGUUUGCCCGGAGCGCCAGAGCCCUGGUGGACCAGUUCGGUCUGGACGGCAUCGACGUGGACUGGGAACACCCGUCGGACCCACAACAGGGCUCGGACUAUAUCCGUCUGCUGGCACGACUGCGCGAAGCGCUCCCAUCACCGCGAUACGUGCUGGCCACCUGCCUACCAGCGGGCUUCUGGGCGCUGCGCAACAUCGACCUCUCCAAAGCGCAACUCUACCUCGACCUGAUCAACCUCAUGGCGUACGAUUUCUCCGGACCCUGGGAACCCGAGACGGGACACCAGGCCCAGCUGUUCAGCAAACACGCCUCCGCAGUAUCAUGCCAGACGGCCGUCACGUACGUGCUCGGGCAGGGCGUCGACCCGAAAAAGCUCCUCCUGGGGAUCCCCGCGUACGGUCGCUCGUUUCUGGGCAGCAGCGGGGUCGGACAGCGGUAUGUGGGCUGUGGCGGCGACGAUGGCGUCUUCGAUUAUAGCGAGCUGCCGCGUCCGGGGGCCAAGGAACAUCACGAUAGCGGUCUUGGGGCGGCGUAUUGCGUCGGCGGGGACGGCGGGUUCGUCACCUACGAUACCCCCCAGACGGUGCAGCAGAAGGCGAAGUUUGUCACCAAAAUGAAACUCGGCGGCUUGUUCUAUUGGCAUAUCGGUGGGGAUGCGCGCGGUCCUAGAAUGAUUCUGCCGAUCGACAAUCCAGUACGGAGUAGAUGGGAUUGA